AUCUCUCUCCUCUCUCUCUCUCUCUCUCUCUCUAAAAAAAAAGAAGAAAAACAUAUACCCUAGAUAUCUACCUCUACAUACGCAUCUAUAUCCUGUAUCUAUCUCUCUCUAGCCAUCUACGCCCGCAUGCAACCCCGAAUCCCAUCACGCAAGAUUUGAUUUCCCCCGUUUUCCUAUCUGGAAAAAUCCGGUUGAGAAAUCGUGUUUUUUUUUAAGAGAGAGAAUGGCGUGUACGGACACUGGAGAGCUGGAGAGGCAACUGGAGGAAGCUGGGAACAAGCUGCUUCAACUUCCGCCUUCGGUCGAUGAAAUCCUGUCGCUUCUUGAUCAAGUUGAGAACUACCUCUCGAGGGUGGAGCAGUCGCCUUCCAAAUCAAUGCAAACUGCGCUUUCUCCAUCUAGGAAGGCAUUGGUUGCAGAUGAACUUCUGAGGCAUCAAGAUGUAGAUGUGAAAGUUGCAGUUGCUUCCUGCAUCAGUGAAAUUACAAGAAUUACUGCGCCAGAUGCACCAUAUGAUGAUGAUCAGAUGAAGGAUAUCUUCCAGUUGAUUGUGUCGUCCUUUGAAAAUUUAUCUGACAAGUCCAGUAGAUCAUAUGACAGGAGGACCUUGAUACUUGAAACUGUUGCCAAGGUCAGAUCAUGUGUGGUCAUGUUGGACCUAGAAUGUGAUGGCCUUAUUGUUGAGAUGUUCCAGCAUUUUCUGAAAGCUAUAAGGGAUGAUCACCCUGAUAAUGUCUUUUCCUCCAUGGAGACAAUUAUGACUCUUGUAUUGGAGGAAAGUGAAGAUAUUUCUUUGGAGCUAAUCUCUCCCAUCCUAGCUAGCUUGAAAAGCGAAAAUCAGGGGGUUCCUGCAAUUGCUCGGAAACUGGCGGAGAGAGUAGUUGAAAACUCCGCAAUAAAGCUCAAACCGUGCCUUAUACAAGCUAUGAAGUCCCUGCGCCUAUCAUUAGAUGAUUACAACAAAGUAAUUACUUCUAUAUGCAAUGAAACAACUGAUGCUGAUGGACGUAAUGAUCGUAAUACUUGUGGAGAACAGUCGACCGAGGAUAGCAAUUUGGCUAGGACAUCUUCAGAUUUGGCAGUUCAGGAUGAGAACAAGUUGGUCAUGGCAUCUCCUGAGGAGUCAGCCCAGGAUCAGCUGACUAAAGAAAGCGUGCCAGAGACUCGGCCUGAAGGAGAUCAUCCUGUUGAGGACAGAUCUCCUAAGUCAGUUAUGAGUAAUGGCGUUGCGGAGGCUGGGUGUGUGGACAGAAUGGAAGAUCAUGAGUCAUCAAAGGAGCGGGAGCAGGAGCAAGCUCACCAAACUGAUCAGUCAGUUGAUACUACUGUAACAAGCAAUGGCGAACCUGAUGAGUCUAAUAGUGGGAAGAUAACAAAAUCAGAUACUAAGGCUGAAGAAACAUCCAAGAAGAGAGCAAGGAAACCCAAGUCUGUAAUUAAUUCAACUGACCCCCACGACUCCUCGCGAGUUGAUGGUGAUAAAGAAGCUGAAUCAACUGCACAUCAUGAAAGUAGUCUUAGCAAGGAAGUCCAUACUUCACCUUCUGGGGAGCCGUCUGUUGAGGUCCUGGUGCCUCCGGCGGAUGAGAAAGAAAACAUUCAGAUGUCCUCUUCUAAAGAAACAGGUAGUGAGGCAAUGGAUGUUGCUUCUCCAUCUUCCAGUGGGAAUGUUCCUGUUGAGGGCCGUUCGGAAAAGGUUGGGCGAGCAAAGAAGAAUGACAAAAUGAUUCGGGAAGUUGCUCCAUCUGCUGAUGUUUCUAAGGAGGCAUCUGAUGGUACCUUUGUUUCGGAAGGAAAGCAACAAAGACGGUCUGGGAAAAAGGCUACUGCCGGGCGUACUACUGAGGAGAGGACUCCUGAUUUGGCAGAUAAAUUGAAGAGUGAAGGUGGGACUACAAGUGAUUCGGAGGAUAAACCAUUGAAACUGUGUGUUAGGAUGGAUCGGUCCUCAUUGAAAAAUAAGAAAGAUGGGAAAAAGCAAGGACGUGGAAAAGCUAUUUUGAAGAAGUCUUCCGCCCAAGAUGAUGACAAAGAAAUGAUCCCUUCACCAAAGCCUGUCUUGAACUUAGAUAAGAAGGUUGAAGAGGACACCCCCAAGACAAGUUCCAAGAAAAAGCGCACACCGGCGAAAGACAAAGUUGAAGAGGACGCCCCCAAGACAAGUUCCAAGAGAAAGCGCACACCAGUGGAAGAGAAAGUUGAAGAGGAAACCCCCAAUACAAGUUCCAAGAAAAAGCGCACACCAGCGAAAGAGAAAGCAUCUGAUACUGUAGUGUAUGGGCGUAACCUGGUUGAUUCAAAAGUUAAGGUUUGGUGGCCAGAUGAUGAGAAGUUCUAUGAAGGUGUUAUUGUUUCAUAUGAUUCUGUUAAAAAGAAGCAUAAGGUUUCGUACACGGAUGGUGAUAAAGAAGUACUAAAUCUUAGACAGGAAAAAUGGGAGUUUGUCGGAGAUGACUCUAUGUCAGAUGCGGAACAAGCAGAUGAAUGCCGAAGUCCUGAUCCUUCCCAUGAAAUGCAGAAAAAGAAGAGAGCAAAAACGAAGUCCGAACCAUCAACAAAGCAAGUAAAGAUGGAGGGUUCACGAGGCGGAGGUGCUUCCUCUAGCAAAUCAAAAGGAGCAGAUGCAAAAUCUGAUAGUAAAUCCAGAGUUGAUGCCAAAGUUUCAGAUAACAAGUCUGGUGAUAAAACUGAGGAUGCUAGGGAUGGGAAAUUUGAGGAUCUUUCUAAAAAAGCUCGCCGUAAAUCUAAUGCUGAUGGCUCCACAGCAGAUGGGAAAUCCAAAGUUGAUGGGGGCACACCAAAGACCAGCCUGAAGCCAAAGUCAGGUACCCGAAAAACUGACGCUGAAGACACCCCAAAAACUACUGCUCCGAAAACAGCCAGCAAGUCCAAGGGUAAAGAAACCAUAAGUGGUAAGAAGUUUAAAGAUGGCUCCAGUAAGGUGGAAGAAACUGAGGGAAAGGAAGAGGAGACGCCUGAAAAGGCCAGCAAGUCCAAGGGUAAUGCAAGCAGGAGUGGUAACAAGUCUAAAGCUAAUGGUUCUGGUAAGGUGAAGGAAACUGAGAGAAAGGAAGACGAAUCACCCGAGACAAUCGCUGAGGGGAUGUCAUCAAAGGUGAAAAAUACUGGCUCAAAGAGUGGAAAGAAGCGGAGAAGAGGAGGGGCUAAACGCUAAUGAUUUGCACCUUAUCUGCUUGCUCACCUGAUUUUCACAAUGUCGUGUUUGGUCUUCUCUGCUGCAUGCCUCGGCUGCAGUUUGCAGUAAAGUCAUGCUUUUGGUACAAUCCUAAAACCAUGGCCUAGGGUUUGAAUUCUGUUAGCCUGUUUAGUCUAUGGUAGUGUUAGAAUUAGUUAUUGCGCAUAAGAUAGAAACCGUGAUAUUUUUCAUGAAUUGGUUAAACUGUGAGCUUAGCUUCUGUUUUUUGCCUAAUAUGUAGAUUGACAGACUUCUGUCUUAAAAUGGCUCCUAUUCUGUGUCUA